AUGACCAGUGUUGGCGAAGAGAAGGUCUGCACGACGACGAUUCGCUCCAGGGUCGACGCGGGAACGAAGCUGGAGGUCGUGCUCAAGAUCGAGCCCAGUGUGCGGAUCCGCACACCUGUCCGGGCAUUGGGCGACACAGUGGUGUCCAAGUUCCGGGACAUCAUGCUGGCUGAUGACCAGUUCCAUCGGCCUGCUACCGUCUCCAUGGUCUUGGAGCAGAUGCUUAUCCAAAGGAGUGGACAUGUUGGCGCAAUUCACACCAGGAUCGGUUUGCCAGGCGAGCCCAUAGCUCAGAAUACGCACUUCGGAUGUAUCCUAUCUGGACGUCCUGAAGGAGUGAGGGAUUCAACUCAGUUGCGCUGUCAUCGAGUGCUUUUGCACACCAAGGCAUUGCUGAAGCGUUUCUGUAAGGUCGAGUCGGUUCCAGACCGCCCUACAGCAACAGACGAGGACUUGUGGUGCGAGUCCUUUUUCCAGAGAACUUUUGUGCAUCGAUCGGAUGGCCGCUACGUAGUGCGGUUGCCCUUUAAAACCUAUCGACAGCCAGCCAUGGUUCUGGGAAGAUCUCAUCAAAUGGCACUUAAUCGGUUCCUGCACUUGGAAAGACGUCUGUCUAGCAGCCCAGAACGGUGGAGCAAAUAUGUGGAGGAGAUCGAGGAAUACUUCGCGCUUGAGGAAAUAGCACCGGCGGUGGGCAGUGGAAGCAGUUCUGUAAGGAAUACUUCCACGAAUAGGCACGUAGCAUUCUGUGUUCCCCCGCAUCACGCUGUUUUUAAGAAGGAUCCUCAAUCGACCAAACAGCUAAUCGUCUUCGGUGCCUCCUUAAGGACUUGCAAUGGACGAUCUUUAAACGACAUUCUUUGGACUGGACCGACCCUGCAGAACGACAUAACGGCAGUCAUACUUAAUUGGCGGAAAUAUCGUUUCGAUUUCACGCCGGAUAUACAGAAAAUGUAUCGCUGUAUAGAUGUGCACCCGGAUGACGGCCAAUAUCAGCCGAUUUUAUGGCGGGCGGCGCCAUAA